CUUUGUGCUCCUCUCCCUCCUAGUCUUUCUCUCUCUAGAACAGAAAAGGUGAUGCGGAUGCCAAGUUACCUUUCCCCUUUUCGUAUACAUUGAAUUUAGCAGAAAAAAGAAAAGAAAAGGGUCUAUUAAUGGAUUCCAUUCACAGUCACCAAAAAUUUCCCCAUCUUUCUUCAUAUGACCUCAUCUGACCAUUUUCGUCCCUUCUCUGCCCCUUCCCAAUCCAAAACGACGCAGGCAAUUGGGGAAUCGAGAUUCCAAUAGAUAACAAACAAAAACCAGAGAAGAAUCAAGGGGGGAAAGAAACCUACUUUGUGAAUUUUUUAGGGUUCUUCUGCUUUGAAUCGCCCGCAAAAGUUCAGAACUUUGCCUGCUAGAUGGGUGAAUUGGAGGAGAUUGCCGCUGAUAUAUGCUCGGACAUUGAUGCUGACGACCUGAAGUGUGACAACAUUGCGGAGAAAGAUGUCAGCGAUGAGGAAAUCGACCCUGAAGAGCUCGAGAAACGGAUGUGGAAGGAUCGAGUCAAGCUCAGGAGGAUCAAAGAGAAGCAGAGGAUAUCAGCACAGCAAGCCUUAGAGAAGCAGCAGAAGCAGCCCAAACAAUCAUCCGACCAAGCUCGAAGAAAGAAAAUGUCUCGAGCGCAAGACGGAAUCCUCAAGUACAUGUUGAAGCUCAUGGAAGUCUGCCAAGCACGGGGAUUUGUGUAUGGUAUAAUCCCCGACAAGGGGAAACCUGUGAGUGGAGCAUCAGACAACAUCCGAGCUUGGUGGAAAGAAAAGGUUAAGUUUGAUAAGAAUGGGCCUGCAGCAAUUGCCAAACACGAGGCAGAGUGUCUGGCGAUGAUGAACGAGGCGGGUGACAAUGCUCGACAUGGGAACUCCCAAGCUGUCCUCCAAGAUCUCCAGGAUGCGACGUUGGGGUCUCUUUUGUCGUCUCUAAUGCAACACUGUGAUCCACCUCAGAGGAAGUACCCAUUGGAGAAGGGAGUUCCACCACCAUGGUGGCCCAGUGGGAAUGAAGAUUGGUGGGGGAAAUUAGGGCUACCGAGAGGGCAGAGUCCCCCUUAUAAGAAGCCGCACGAUCUCAAGAAGAUGUGGAAAGUUGGGGUGCUUACUUCGGUCAUCAAGCACAUGUCACCGGACAUUGCUAAGAUAAGGAGGCAUGUCCGCCAGUCAAAGUGCUUGCAGGAUAAGAUGACGGCUAAGGAGAGUGCCAUUUGGUUGGGAGUAUUGAGUCGGGAGGAAGCCCUGGUUCGGCAGCCCAGUAGUGAUAUUGGUUCCGGGAUAACUGAGGCUCCCCCGGGUGGUCGAACUGGGAAGAAGAAAGCUGCGGUAAGUAGUGAUAGUGAUUACGAUGUCGAAGGUGUUGAUGAUGGUGUUGGUUCUGUGUCGUCUAGAGAUAGCAGGAGGAAUCAUCAGGGUAUGGAUGUCGAGCCAGUGAGUAGUCCAAGAACGGAGUUUACUGAGCCAGUUAAGGUGAAGGAUCAAACAGAAAAACCAAGGAAGAGGAAAAGGAUACGAGACAAAUCGAAACAUGCUGAAGAGCCAUCGACGAAUGAUGAUCCUCAGACUAUGGUGGUUGAGCAGAGAAUAACUAGUUUGCUUGACAUGAAUCAGGCCGAUAUAAGGCCUCUUGAUCAACAUCAGAUGCUUGCAACUGACCAUAGCAGUCAUCAUCAGAUGCUUGCAACUGACAAUGACAGUCAUCAUCAGAUGCUUGCAACUGACCAUGAGAGUCAUCAUCAAAUGCUUGCAACUAACCAUGACAGUCAUCAUCAGAUGCUUGCAACUGACCUAGAAAUUGAUCCGAAUGCCCAUCUUGAGGUUGAACCUAACCUUCCUACAACGGAGUUCAGCAACUACUUGUCUGGAAUCCCAUCUGGCUUAGAUGGAAGGGCUCAACUUUAUGAUCCAUUGGCACAAAAUUCAGACUUGUUUCGUCAUGGAAGCAGUUAUGAUUUCUAUGCUCCGGCAAUUGGCUUUGGGGAACAUGCUCCCCUGUCGGUGGAUGCACCACAUAUUAAGCAGGAUCACAAUGGAUUCCAGGUACCAGGAGGACUGCCUAUGAACGAAACCGAGAUUCCAGGAGGAGGAGGAGGAGACCUGCAUAAUUUUGCCAAGGAUAUAUUUCCAAGCGGGCAAGAUAGAUACUUGGGGUCUCCAUUCAACAAUGUGCCUUUAUUUGGAGACUUCAAUAGCCCAUUCGACUUGGAUAUCGAUGAGGAUCUGCUCGGGUGCUUUGGAGCAUAAGUUUUGGUUGGAAGUUGACUGCACAUUAAUUCGAUAGGUGCUUCCAAUGAUGUUGAUCAUGCGGUAUCUGCAGGGAGCACUGACCUUGUAGAGCAUGAAGGAACUGUUUCAUCUUCAAAUUCAAAGUGGUAUUUUCCUCCAAAUACACCCAACCAAAUGAUGUCUAAGCCUUCUUACUGCUUACAUGCCUACUAAACAUCUUGAAGGAAUUGUUUCUUAAUCUGCUGCCAAGUUGCACAGCCAUUCACCCGGCCGCCACAUGGCAAAUCCGUACGAGAAUGUCUGUCUCAAAUCCCCCUCGACAACUGUUAAAAAGUUGGCCAAUUCUGCCCUUGGCUCAUCGUUAUGAAUCCAUUUUUUCACCGAGGAUAGAAAUGUCUACAGAAGCAGGAAUCCCAGGUCUCAGAAAUCAGAGCCCCAUUCUUUUACCUUAUUACCCCCCUCCACUUUGUGUGAAAAUCGAUCGUCAAGCCUCGUCAAUCGUCAUUGUUCAUAUCUCUUAACUCAGCAAAUCACAUCAGCUCCUGAAUAUUCCUCUGUUCUCCGUUCUUUCCCCAAGAAGAACCCUUUUUUUCUUUCUACAAUGGCGUCUGUCUCCAAGUUCCUAACUUUCAUGUCCAUUCUGAUGAUGGUGGCUCUAAUCUCACUUGCUCGUUUACAAGAUGGGGAAACAGUAGAAAUCGGAGGAAGCAUAGCCAGGGGAGCCAGAAAGGAUCUGGGAGGCAAGAAGGUGAAGAAGCUGCCUGGUUUGGUAAUGGAGGACUCUGCCCGUGAAGUACCAACGGGACCCGACCCGCUCCACCAUCACGGUUACCCACCAAGCCCCUGAAAGAAGAACUCGGGUCGGUUUCAGAUUUUCGCCUGAUUGUGUAAAGGGUUUGAGUUUUGUCGCCAUUGAAGCUUUUCCAUAGUUCUAUUUUCCAUGGAUUUUACUGACAAACAGAGAGGAGUACAAUUUUGUUUGUUAGGUGGAAUUUCUAGGGAUUGUAGCUAGAAAAGAACAAGGAUUUUUGUCUAAAGGAAUGUAGUUAUGUCUCUGAUCUACAGCUGGAAAACAACACAAGGAUUCAAAAAGAGUGUCCUCCGAAAAUCUCCAUGGUUCUUUAGCUU